UAUAGGGCACUCAAACAUCAACCUUCCACGUUUUCCACUAUGACCUCAAAAAGAAAAUAUAAUUAUAGAUUAAUGAUUUGGGUAUGUGAUGCUACUGCCUGCCACAGACCGAAAGUGAUAUAUAAGUCAUAUCUCUAUUAUUUUCUUCUUACAAAAUAAUACGCAUUAUAAUAGAUGGCAAGAGACAACUAAUAACACCUAUAAUAUAAAUUAAAAAUCAAUUAAAAACAGUAGUCUCCAUCAGACAAAAUCAUACGAGUAAGCAUUUUUUUCUUAUCCAAAAUUCUAUCACAAAGAACUUAGCCUCUUUGUAGGAAAUUUGGUUUGUGGGACAUUUCAAUUACAAUAUAUAUAUUUCGAGUGGGGUACUAUAUCAAUUAUAUAUUAUCCAGUAUAUUUUUACAUAAAAGCCCGAAAUAAAAUAAUCUAAAAUCUUCCACAAUAACCAUUAUAAAUAACAGCUGAUCCAAGCACAUGUACAACACAACAUAAGCCUUUCUUAUUCCCAAAACAAACACUUCACUACUAACUUCUGUUGUUCAAUCGCAAAUGGAGAGAAUAAGAGAUUUGUCGUCGAAGAAAGCAGCAGUGAUAUUCACAAAGAGCUCAUGUUGUAUGUGCCAUAGCAUCAAGACAUUAUUCUACGAACUAGGGGCUAGUCCUGCGAUCCACGAGCUAGAUAAGGACCCCGAAGGCCGUGAAAUGGAGCGUGCCCUACGUGCGCUUGGCUCAUCAAACCCGGCGGUUCCAGCUGUUUUUGUCGGAGGAAGGUACAUCGGAUCAUCCAAAGACAUCAUCUCGUUCCACGUGGACGGGUCGCUCAAACAGAUGCUUAAAGACGCUAAGGCCAUAUGGUUAUAGCCUUCCAACCAACGUACAUGCUAUAUAUAUAUGAUGUCAAUAAUCAAUGUGUUAAAAACACAUAUAUUAUAAGUAUAUAGAUAUAACCGGGAGGAAGCAUAGAUGUUUUAAAAUGCUUUGCUUCCUUCGCAUGGAUGUGAUUUUAUAACAAGUGUACCUUAAAGCAUUUGUGUAACACUAGUGCUAAAUUCCACAUACGUGAAGAUAAAAUAAAGUCUUAAAUCA